AUUUUGGACGGAGGCGAUUUGAAGUUGUGUUUGGGUUCCGGUUUGCUUUGGUUCGGGACGCGUAGCCGUCCCCGCUUGACCCCCGCGGAAUGCUUGGCGAGCGAGUAGCCGAUUUGUUUUGAGAUGCUUCAUGCUGCGUAUAAGUCAAGAUACUUUGAAAAUCAAGAUGUCUCAGUAGCUGAGCCCUCUUCUAAAAGGAUGAAAUCUACAGAAGAGCCGUAUGGUAAAUCCUAUGAUGAAUUACAAAGACUUCAUGAGGAAAUACAUAUAAAAAAAACCCAUUCUGGCUUUAUUCCAUUGUCGCUAUCUGAUGAUAAUGGUGAAGAGGAGGAGAAGAAAAGAGGGAGAGAGAGAAAUGCAGAAGCAUUAAACUCAUUUAACCAACUACCUCCUGGGCAAAUACCAAGUUCAACAAAUCUUUCACAUUUAGUAAACAAAACUAAAAUUAAAGGAAAUGAAUAUUCUUUUGUUACUGACAACAGCAAAGUAGCUCAAAAUGGAGAUAACAACAAUUUCAUUAGUGAACAUAAAAAUAAAGGGAAAAUGGAACUGUACAGCACAAGCAAGGCAUUUAUUGGACCCAUUUAUAAAAGUGAAAGUAAUUGUGAACAAAGGCAAAGGUAUAUUGAAAACAACUGCCCAAAGAGAUCAAAUACUAUUACUGGUAGAAAGUCUCAGAAAGAAAUAGUGCAAGCUAUCUCCUGUGAUACGCCAAAAAUAGAAGAUGAAUUGUCACAAUUCUACAAGGAGAUUGAUCAGCUUGAAAGUAAUGAAUAUUGUCCAGAUACUUAUUUACAGGAGACAGAAGCAAAUUUAUCUUAUCCACGUCUGGACUGUAGUAAAUCAAAUCAAGUAAUGCAUGUAAAAUCUCAAGAAUGGUCUCAUAAGAGUAAUGAGGAACAAUAUUUUUAUAAUGAAUCAAAUUGCUAUAGAACUGGCAAAGACAUUUGUGACCCAGAUGGUCACAGAACUGGCAUGGAACAAAGUGAACAUGGAAGAGAUGCAUGGGAAACCGAACAACCAUGUAAUAAACAAAAUUUUAGAUUCUGUAAUGAUUUUGUACCUCAGUUUAGGGAUAGUGGUCCACAGACCCAUCCAUUUGUAAUACCUUACAAUCCACCACAUCCAUUUACUGCUCACUUCAAUUUUCAAAAAACUAAUUCUUUAUCACUUUGUUCAGAUAGCUUCAAUUCUUCAAAUACAGAAUUUAAAGAAAAUAACAUGAACACUUCAGAAUGUGGUCAAAGUAAUCCAUACAGUAAUCACUCUAAUAUUCAUAGUAUGCAUACAAUCAGAAAUGAAUGUAGUGUACCCGAUGGAUAUAUCUUUAAUGGUUUCUGUGAAACUCAAGCAAAUUGGAAAAACAGUAAAGCUCACAAUUUUGAUGAGUCAAAUAAUGUUCUCCAACAGCAUCCUCAGGACAAAUUAUAUGAGUUUAAAAAGCGGCUUUUAAUAUUAAGAGGACUUCCAGGCUCUGGAAAGACAACCUUAUCUCAUAUUCUCCUUGGUCAGAGUUGUAAUGGCAUUGUAUUCAGUACUGAUGAUUACUUCCAUCAGAUCAAUGGAUGUUGGGGCUAUAAUGUUUCUCAGCUUGGUGCUGCUCAUGAGUGGAAUCAAAAUCGAGCAAAAGAAGCAAUGGAUUUAGGAAGAUCCCCAAUUAUUAUAGACAACACAAAUACACAAGCCUGGGAAAUGAAGCCUUAUGUGAAAGCGGCUCUAGAAAAAGGCUACCAUGUGGAAUUCCAUGAACCAGAUACAUGGUGGAAGUUUAAUCCUGAAGAACUAGAAAAGAGGAAUAAACAUGGGGUCAAUCGUGAGAAGAUUGUGCAAAUGCUGGAAAGAUAUGAAUAUCAAAUCUCAAUGCCCAUUGUCAUGAAUUCAGUGCUUCCUUUUCAUAAAACUUCAGAAAGACCAUAUUUACAAAGAAGACAGAGGGAACUGGUUGUAAAGAGGAAACACAGAUUACACAAGAUAAAACAAAAAAAGAAACGAAGGAAGAACAGAAAAAUAAAAAAUGCUGUUAUUACAUCAGUGGACAUAAAAUCAGAUGGACACUUAAUUCCAAGUGAUGGGGAUUCAUCACAAAGUGAGCAAGAAAAUUCAGAAGACAAUGAACAAACAGAAUUAGUGUCUGGCCAUCCAGAUGAAGCUAAAAUUGAUAGUGAGAAUGGCUCAAUGAAAUAUAAUCACUUACAACUUUCUGAAUUGCAAAAAAAGGAAUUCCUUGAUUCUGUUGUGGUAAAUUCAGUGUCUUUAAAGAAGUCACUUAAAGCAGAUAUUACUGAAGAUGCGUCACUAUCAAUUACUCUAAAUGAAAAUAUAGCUGGCCAAUUAUCCAAUUGUCAUUUAUCAAAUGGGAUCAAAAGCAUGUCACUUGCAGAAAGUGACAGUAAAACUUUAGAUCAUAAUAAAAAUUCAUUUCAACAAUCAGAUCGAAAUGAUGCAAGAAAAAAUAUUGUAUUGACUGAUAAAGAAAACAAAAAUACAUCUGCUGAAAACUUGAUCCAAGGAAACCAAAUGUUAAGCAAUGAAGAGGAAACAACUCUUCCACAUCCACAUGGAACGUCAAAAAGUAAUGAAAUGAAUUCCUGGGCUUUCUUUUCCUUUGAUUUGGUUGAUGAACAAUUUCAGACAAAGACAGAGAAAAAUGAAUCCUGUUUGACUUGGCCUGAGGAUGUAUCUAAAAUGUUUCAGCAAAGACCAAAAAAGGUCAAAAGGCCUAAGAAGAUGCUUUCAGAUACAAUAACAGAAAUAACCAAUCAUAAUUCUAGCAAAGAAUUAGUGAAAGAAAACACUAGAAGACGACUGCAUGAAAAUAACGAUACAACAAAUAGCUCUUUGUCAUUAUUGCUGAUGGAAAAUAAGCUAUAUGAGAAUGAUAGUGAAUUUGUGAGAGAAAGUGGAAAGGAAGCCAGUUUCACAACGGAUGAAUGUAUAUUAGCUUUACCAAAGAAAAAAGAGAAAUAUAAAAGAAUCUUCAAAUUGGCCCCAAACUUUGAUUUACCACGGCAUAUUCUUCCUAAAAAUAAUCAGAAAGUGCUAAACAAUAUAGAUACAGUAACAGAGAAAGAAGACAUUUCAAAUGAAAAAAUGAUAAGAAAGAACAAACAAUGCUGUGAACUUCAAGCAGCCAAUUACAAUGCAGUAGCUGAAUUUUCUGAUUUUGAUGUGGAAGUUCCCUUACACAAUGGUUCCAAUCAACUUGCAGACGAAUCUGUGAAUAUUUUAACAAAAGACUCUGAUAUUGCAAUUCAUGAAUGUACUUCUGAUUCCUGUAAAGCUCCCUCAUCAAGUGAACAAGAAUUGUUUUCAUGUGAUGAAACAAUAGAAAUUAAAGAAAAUAAAAAGAUCUAUCCAGAUAUUUCAACUACUCAGCCAGAUAUUUUGCAUUCAGUUAAAUUAAUUACUGAAUGCCUUACAAACACUAUGGCUGAACCUUUUGAAAAUAUGGAAGUGAUUAAUGAAAGUGAACAAAAAAUAAAUUCUCAAAUCAAAGAUGUUCAAGAUUCCCCAUAUACAAAAUCCAGAAAUUUGGAGCUUCCUUUAUCACUAAGAGUUGUACUUCAACUAGUAGAACUUUUCGGUUCUCCAGGAGUUCCAUUAGAUAUUUUAUUGCCAGAUGAUUAUGUAGUUCCUCUUCACUGGGAAAUAUCAAAGGAGAUCUAUCUACAGUGGAAGACAUCUGUGGAGAAGAAACAGGAAAAUAACCAAUUGAAAGAAAGUUCCUUGCUUGUUGCUGUAGCUGGUGUCCAGGGUUCAAAUAAGGAUAGUCAAGAAAGAAAAUCUUCAGAUAUAAACCCAGAAAUACCUUUGGAAAAACCAUCAUUGCUCUGAAAAGUUGUUUGAAGCUACAUAAUCCAAGCAAUAAUGCUAGCCUCUCUGAAAUUUUAUUUAAAAACAAUCAACCUUUUUUGCAGAAAGGUAAUUUCUUCCUAUGGUUUGAUUCUGAGGGCUCAAUGCUUUGAACCAUUCUGAAUAUGGAAUUCAUAGACUGGACUCCCAUAGAGUGAAUAUGGUUGCUUCUGGUUUUGCUGUAGUCUCAUUGAGGUGAACUUUGCAUUAUAAAAGAAAUGUCAGGGGAUGAAGAAAAAAAAGAAAAGGAAAGAAAUGGUUUGUUUUAGAAUAUUCCCAAGAGUAAAAAGUGGCUUUACCAAGAGAAGAUCAAUAUUAUUACUGUGGCAGUAGUAAUAUAUUUUUUAAAAGCCAUAAUUGCUGAAGAUGUGUGUUAUUUAAUAUUGUUGACUACCCAUAGUUGAGUGUGAAAAUCUUCUAGCAUCUUACCACUCUGUUUUAAAUUGUAAGUUCUUGCAUUACUUUAAAAGUGUCUUAUUAACACUAUAUCAAUAUUUUUAUUUAUGAUCAGAGCAUAACAUUUGGCUACAAGCUAUGCUAUUCUGUGUAAAGCAGAUGCAAAAUAUCGAAUUAUCCAGAACGAAAGGUUAUUUAACAAAACUACCAUUAUAAUAAUGUGGAGAAAUGAAUUAACUGCUAAGUAAAAAAAAUAGCUAAAUUUUGUGUGCAACUGAAACAUAAUAUUAUACCUAAGCCCCAGUAAAAUAUGAAUUUUAUUUAAUUGCAACUGUUAAUACCAGCAUAUGAAUUAUAGUUUGAGUGGAUGAGAAAGUUGUAAAAUUUUAAUACUUGGGUUUGAUCUUUCACUAGAUGAUGAUGGUUAUUAUUAUUAUAUUACAGAAUGUGCUUGCUUUUUGGCUUUCCCUUGGGUGGAUUAACAACCAUCUAGAAUAAAAGUAAACCACAAGAAUCAGCAAAAGUACAAAGCAUCAAACUUUUUGAAUCCCUAUCAGUGUCACCUGCUGCUUUUGAAUUUCAUUUACAAAUAAAACUGUGAAGCAUGAUUGUCAUUGUU